CAACUAUUGUGUGUUUGUUUCGCAAUGCCGAAAAGCUUAGGAAAAACUAAAAAAAGGUCAAAACGUGCUAAAUCACUUAAAUUAAUCUGGAAAGAAAGACACCAAAAUCUGUAUAGGACUUCUAUGGAAUUUAGAGAUACAGAGAGAGAGAAUUCAGAGAAUAUUAGCUUGACUGACAACUGCGAAAUAACAGCCACCUGCUCGUCAACAAAAUUGUGUCAGCCUUUGCUUGAGACAAAUACUACAGGACCAUCAUUUGUUACAACUGGAAUUCUAACUAAAGAAGAAAUUGAAAUUGUACCAAAGGAAGAAUCCCCAAUACAAGGAAAUCGUAUAGUAGAACUUGGAUACGUUCUUGAAUGGGCAACGUCUUUACAAUUCAAUCAUUCCAAAAUUUGUUCAGUAGGCAAACUUAUUAUUGUAGAGGAAAUACAAAAAGGUAAAGGCCUGACUAGCACCAUUAUAUUCCAGUGCAACUUCUGUGACGAGAGAUAUGCAUAUGACACAGAAAAUCCGAAUAGACCUAAAUCGGCUAUCAACGUGGGAGCAGUGUGGGGAACUUUAGCUACAGGUAGCUCAUAUGAGCAUAUGACAGAAUUCCUUAGCUGCAUGAAUAUUCCUGCAAUGAAUGGCAAGUUGUUCUAUGAGUUGGAAGCAGAACUUGGUAAGGAAUGGGAAGCGUCACUAUACGGUUCUAUGGAAAAUGCAAACUCUAGGGAGGAGAUAGCAAUAAAACAGCAACAGAUUUGUUCUGAUGGUACUCCAUAGAUCAGUGUGUACUUGGAUGGUUCCUGGAGCAAACGUUCUUAUGGAACCAACUUAAUGCUCUAUCUGGAAUGGCAGCUAUUAUAGGGGUCGGAGUGCGAAAUAAAUUUUGCUCAGUUUGUGCCAAAGCUCAAAAUCGAAAUGACACUCCGAAGAAUCAUAACUGUUUUAAAAACUGGGAAGGUUCUGCUCCUGCAAUGGAGAUACCUACAGAAAAAAAAUAUUGGUGAAGGUCAAAGUGAAGGUGGCUCCAGAAAUUGUAAGAAAUUGUAUUGGUCAGGGUCAAAGAUGUAAAGAUCCGUCUUACAUUAGAAAAGCUAUAACAGCUUACAAUAAAAAAAAAAAAUAAUAAAAAGACCAAUACUUACUGAAGAACACAACAUAGCUUAAAAGCAGAAACCCACUACCGACACGCAGCACUAUGUCAUGCCACCCCUGCUAUGCGACAUAGGUUCACGUGGAUGAUGUGGGCAUAUUUGACAGACACAUAAUUAUUUGUAAAUUUAAUCGUUAAAAUUAUCAGUAGAUUUUAGUACCAUAUGGAGUAUGAAAGCAGUUCAUUCACUGAUACAGAAUUUUUAGAAGAAUGUGCCACUGUAGCUAUUAUGAUUUUAAACAGAAAAUAAAAAAGAUGAUAUUGGAUACACGCAGUCAACAGAGAAUUAUCUUAGACUCGACGACAUUUUAAUUAGAGAACUGGCUGCACAUUGGUCGAUACCUACCAUUAUACUGUACAGGGUGACCAUAUGUACUUAUUUACGUGGGACAGUAUUUACUUUUAAAUAAUGUCCUAAUGUACUUUAAAACUUUUCUAAGGACAUGCAAAUGUACUUUCUUUA